AGAGUUUGAAAAUGGAAGGCUUGUUUACAAUAAACGUUGACAACAAGCCGUAUUUUAUCCUAACCAAGCCAGAAAAUGAUUAUGUAGAAGGCUUUGAGAUAAAGCUAUGCGAUGGGMACAAAACAUGGAUGAAUUCAGUUUCCAAGGAAGAUGUGUCAACAAUGUCCAGUGCAGUUGAUAUGAGUGAAGAAGAAUACGCAAAACAGACAAAAAAUGCUUUGACAGGUUUGCCAUCAAGGGACACAAAAUACGUCUACCAAGUGAAAGUUCAAGGCAAAGUCUUAAAUUUUGCUUGGAAAAAGAGUCUUGAUGAUGGCCUUAAGUUUCAGCUUGGAUCAUUGACGUUASACGAAAUGGAUAACAAUGCAGUCGCAAUAAUGGAUAUGUUUGUUAUUGCUGUUAGGCAAAUCAAUCAAUUCAAGGUGAAUAUCACUCAUCUUGAAUCUGAGAACAGCAGACUUUCAAGUGAAAGAGGACGUACAUUAGAGCUGUUAGAUAAAUGCGUUAGUGAAAAGGACAAUAUGGAAAAUGACUUAUACUUCAAGUUUGCAUCAGUGCUCAACAAGAARAAAGAGAAGAUAAGACAGUUGAAAUCUCAAGUUGAAGAUAUGGAUAGGGAUGACACAGAUGGAAGAACAGGCAAGAAUCAGGCAAGAGCAAGAAGUCCAAUGUCAAAGAGCUUAAGCAGAACUCCCUCACCGUCUCUCACAGACAACGAAGAGACAAAAGAUGAGAAGACAGAAGAAAAGCCAUCAACAUCAAGCAACUUGUUUCCUUCAGUGGAGAGGAGAAGGAGAGGACCCCAGAAAGAGACACCAAAGAGUAAGCUAGUUCUGCCUAAGGUGCCUUCAGUGAAGAAAACGUUGAGCUCGUCUUCGGAGGAAAGUUUCAGCUCCCCCCGUCUUCGUAAACGAAUGUCGACAAGAUCUGAASCUGACCCCGACGACCUGAUGGCUGAAAUGGCAAUGUAGAAUACUGAUAAGUAAAACUUAUAAGUAAAACUAGAAUAAAAAAAAGUCAUUUAGUAAAAUCAUUAUUGAAUCAUUCCAAAUGGUAUCUCGUGCUUCUCGGUACAUCCGUGGAUCUCAACUAUAUCUUCACGAUUCAAUAGGAUAUGUUAAACUGAUGCUAAACGCAUUGAGAAGCAAGUAAAACAUUGUGUAAAGUAAAACGUGUACUCUACCUUGAUAAUGGCCGCUUAGGCCGAAAGCUCGGUAUUAAAAAUAUCACUAG